AUGGACUUCCAAAUGAGCGACGAAUCUGACCUAAGCAAAUUUGUAGAGUUGGACCAAUAUUUAGGGUAUAGUUUUUGUAAAAGUGAGGCACCUUUGUUAAUGGACACAACAUGCUUCAGCUACCAACAUUUACUGCCGCAUCUCAUAGAACAAUGCAACAAUUGCCAGCAGCAACAACAGAACAGCAGAAUCAGACAACUUGAUCAGCAAGCUUCAUCAUGUGGGACACCAAUCAAUCAAUACAUGAUCUCAAACAAUGACAGUAAAAAUAACAUCAAUUUAUCUCAUCGUCAGCUUUCAACUUCAAGUGCAGUUUCGCUUUCUAGCAACGCAAUGAAUUCGUUGGCGCAUGCUAACCUGAGCUCUCACGCUUCUUUGACAUCCCCCUUACUUUUCAUACAGAGCAAGGACCAUUUGUUUCAGCCAUUGCCAACAAGGGUGAACAAACCGGCCUUCUCGGGCACUCUGCUUCCUCCCCUGGCUAUGAUGCAGAAACUGUUACAGCAUGCAAGGUAG